UAAUAUUCGGUCCCCGGCUUUUAUGAAACUUGCGCUCAAUGUUUGAAGACACUUCUUGACCUCAACGACGCCCAUGCCGUCUACGAAGAACUCGUUGUCGAUACGUUUGACCGAAUCUGUGGUCUUUCUGCGUACGGGCGAUGGCACAGGCCGUACGAGGCAUGGCUCUCAGUCGGCUGCACCUCCUGCGAUGGUCAGAGGGCUUCUCACACUGAAUCUAGUCAAGCCCAUGAAGAUAUCUAGCGUCGAGGUUGAACUAGUAGGGAAAACGAGCACAGCUUGGCCAGAAGGUAUCGGUGCACGACGUGUUGAGAUCAGCGAAGACCAUAAGAUUUAUUCCCAAUCUUGUGUCUACUUCAAGGCUGGCUCCACCCCGUCCUCCUCACACCGCCGAACAUUGUCUGUUGGCCCUGGGCUUCAUCUUGACCAUGAGCUGGACGCCGAGCGCGAACACAAUAAUAGCGAUGAUGCAGAGCACUUCAGCGAGCUUGGGGACCACGAAGAGCGACGAGGAAGACAUUCUGUCAGAGGAGAGCGAGGACGUCCACCUGUACGGCACCUGAGUGCGGACCAGACCCAUUACCACACCGGCAUCGUCUCUCAACACAACGAACAACUUCCGACUCCACCCUACUCACCAAUUCACUCGCCUGCGAUGACACCAUUACACAGGAGUCCUGUGCCUUCGCGAGCCCCGUCCAUCAUCACGCCCAUCCGCCAUGACUACUCGCCACAGCAGAGCCAGGAGGAUUACUGGCGCACAUACCCAGAGCGCGAUGAGUCUAGCUCGCGUGAUCCUUCUACACCGGGACACGAGUCAUUUACGUUCUUCCCCCCGCGCGAUGGGUCGCUCUCGCGAAGAGUGAGUUACGACGAAUCGCGUCCAGAUUUUAUACCUGGAAGCAGUAGCGGGCGCAUAUCGUCGCAGACCUCAGGUGCACGCCUACCAUACAGCCCGACGCGGAUCGGCAGCCACGAUGCGCAUUCCCCGCAGCUACACGACGACGGCCGUGGACGCAGCAAAGGGAAGCGGCUGAGUAGCAUUGGCAUGUUCUUUGAUGCCGUUAGGGAGCGUGUCCGCUCUGUAUCGCGCGCCGAACGGGACGCAACGCCGUCGCACAGCCUCACUCGCUCCAGAGAUGCUCGCGAUUACAGUCCUGAUAUGCACGAAUCGAGUAUGCGGAGAGGGCGAACGCGAGAGCCCAAAGAACGGUCAGCGUUAGAGCGCGUGACUGAGGUCUUAGGGCUCGAAAGUGACGAGGACGAGUCGGGAGAUAACUGGAAGGAGUUUCGAAAGGGCGUAUAUACCUAUCCAAUAUCUUUUACGAUACCCUCCAGUUCACCGCCUACCUUACACUGCGAUUUUGGCUCGGUCACCUGGCGACUGAAAGCGACAGCGCAUCGACCAGGAAAAUUCACGACGAAGCUCACCGCGACGCAAGAGGUGACUGUUGUUUCCUGUCCUGGCGAAGAUGAUACAGAAGAUACGGAGAGCAUUAUCGUUGAACGACAGUGGGACACGCAGAUGCAAUACCUCAUCAUGGUAUCUGGCCGGAGUUUCCCGAUUGGCGGCGUCAUCCCCUUCAGCAUUACCUUCGUACCGUGGACGAAGAUGAAGAUCUUCAGGCUCUCAAUGAUCAUCGAAGAGCGAACCGAGUAUUACACGGAUUUUAAACGCUUGGUUCGCGCGGAUCCGGUUAAUCGUGUUGCGCUGCUGUCUUUGAAGAGCCCGCACAAGGAUCAUCCGCUUUUACCACUGCACUCGGAGGACAUCGAGGCAUUCAAGGGCUCCACCCUGUACGGCGAUGCUAACUCCGAGGAAGACCUCUCCGAAGCCAUGUCGCAGCUUAUGGGCUCCGGGCCGUGGUCAAUAAUGCAAAAUAUACCUCUGGCAAAGUCAUGUAACGAGCUACACUUCACGAACAAGAACAAGAAGAGCAACAUCACGGUCUCGCAUACCCUCAAGAUCAUCUUCAGGGUUCAGCGCGGAGACGACCGGGAGAUCGACCCGCAGACUGGCAAACGGAAGAUGUUCGACAUUGUCGUGCAAACGCCUAUCCAUAUCCUCUCUUGCUUGUGCCGGCCAGACUUCACUGCGUUACCACCAUACUCGGAAUCGACAUCGACCGCUGCCUCGCUCUUGUCCAAUCCGCCGCUCUGCGCAUGCAGUGCAGGACAUACACAACGCCGCACCUCGGGCGACACGACACCGGUAGAUAGCUGGAUGCAUGAUAUCCCGUUCCCAACCCGGGGCAGCUUCCACUGGCACGCCUCUGGCUCUGGCUCUGGCUCUGGCUCGCACACGCCGACGUCGCUCGAGAUGACGCACCACGCGCCGAGCACGAGUCGUCCGCCCAUGCACCGGCUCGAGAGUCUGCUCGAGCGCAACACGCGUUUCGAGCGGCUCAUGACUGGGCAGGAGAGCGAGGCUGGCGAAGCACCGCCGACGUACGACGAGACCGUUGGGCACCACCAGACCCACUAAACGUCCAGAAUACACCCUUGUGUUGUCUUCACAUCUCGAUCGAACUGUCGUCGUCUUUGUCUAUCUUGUAGUAGAUGAAAAUUUGCAUUAGAGAGGCAGUGCAACAGGAUCAUGCAGUUACAUGUGCGUAACGACCCUAUAGUACACGAAGAAUGCCAGAGAGAAGGCUUUCGUAACGGACCAGGGUGAAGUGGAGACUGGGGCUGUGAAGACGUGUGAACUU